AUGGUUGCCAUCCCUGGUCCAGUGUCUAUAUGUCUUGUCAACGACUCAAUGGCUCCGCAAUGCUUUUCCUCUUGGCUCUCACAUCUUCCGUGGUCGCGCCUCCCGCUUAUUGCUCCCAGCUCGCGGAAGCACAACUUCCAGCGCUCCCUAACUGCAGCGACACGCGCACCCUCUUCGACAUCAUCCAAGGCUGCCUCACAACGUUGUUCGCCUGCGUGUGGGUGGCCGUCCAUCCAAACAUUCCACCUCCGCCACCCGCCGCGCUUCACGGACGACCUGGGCUCUGGGCUACAGUCAAAUGGCACGUUCUGGAUAACACUGGACCCCUGCAACGCCGUCUUACCCUCAUGGCUGUCGCGCUCGUCGCCCCGGAGCUCAUCUUUGGCUUUUGCGCUGCGGCAGCGCUUAAUGGCCCAUCAUUUCGCAAAACAGUAUGAUAUCUCGCUCACUCACGGCUUCUUCAUUGUCAUGGGCGGUUUCGUCGACUCCACUGGGCAUCCUAUUGUCACCCACGCGCAGCUCAAAUCGCCCUCUGUUCUCGCAGAAAUCAAAGCCGUCUCACGCUCGACGAUCGAAGACAAGAGCAAAGGCGACCUGUUUUCGAAAGGGAUUGCGCUUUGCCAGGCGAUAUGGUUUGUUGCCCAAUGCCUCUCCCGCCGCUCGGAACAUAUUGCGAUCUCCCAACUCGAAAUCUCCACACUCGCGUUUGCAGCGGUCACCGUAUGCACUCGACUUGUUUGGUGGGGGAAGCCUCUUGGGGUUAAAGAGCCCGUCCGUCUCAGCACAGCGGCGCCUGUUGUACAGCCAAAAUCACAGAAUUUGGUUGCAGAAAACGUUGUACAACCACUCAUUGCUCAUCUCGAGGACUUGGGAAGGAAUGCACUCGAAAAUCCCCCGCCCCAGCAAAACUCAAACGUCAAAAUUGAAAACGACGUCUUGAGUCAUGUCCUGCACGCAAUACUCGGUGGUCAGAUUGACUACGACCCCAGCCUGUCGUACCACGUCCCCACAUUCUGGUGUGCAGCGGACGACGAAUGGCCGCUCAGUUAUCAGGCCACAUGCGCCAUCCUCGAGUUGUUGUGCGGCUCUUUCUUUGGUGCGCUCCAUUGUGCCGCCUGGUCGUCACAAUUCCCUAGCACGGCCGAGCUCAAACUGUGGCGCCUGUCCGCCUUCUCAAUUGCUGUCAUCCCCGGCGUCCCCAGCAUUGUUCUGCUGCUCAUCAUCCCGGUCAAGUUGAACUACGGGGACGCGCUCCCUAACUGGGUGAAUGAAAUCCUCGCAGUGUUCGCAUUUCUCUCCAUGCCCCCCUUUCUUGCCGGCAUCCUCCUCUACUGCUUUGCCCGGAUUUUGCUCCUGGUUCUGAUGCUUACAACACUGCGCGCAUUACCCACAUUGGCGCGUGACACUUCUUCUUCCGCUCCCCCACCACGGCUAGCUACUUUGUCCUCCCGCCCUUUGCAACCCGUCCUUCCUCUCCCCCACACAUCCGCCCUCGUCAUACGCAAGCCCUCGGAACCAUUUAGCCAGCGGUCGCCUCCUGGCUCAUGUGACGUGGCGCCAGUGCCACAAAAGUCGAUAACGGGGUACUUCGAGAAGAAUGGGGCCUGUACCAUUGAGCGGGAUGAGCAGAUAAUGGUCUUCUUGAUGUCCCCCGCCACUCUCCUCUGCCGCCUCAACCCGCUCGACACCGCUCCCUCAGCUCCUGUUGGACGACAACGAAUAUCGACAACGGAGCCAGAGAUAUAUGUAGCAGGACUCGGACUGAAAGCCCGUCGCAAGCUGACUGUAUGGAAGCGCGAGACAUCCUUUCGUCACGCAAGUAGUCAAGACUCAAGUGGAAUUGAGAUGACGGCGUCAAUCGUCCUCGCAGGUCCUUUCGUCUCGCCAGCAAUAUCUAUGCUUCCAGGCAAGCCUAAGAUACCAGCAUCGGGACCGUAUCAAGAACUGAAGGGUGUCAACGAGUGGCAAGGAGCGCAUGAAUGGCUGGGGUCGGAGGAAAUGUCUGGACGGCGGCAGCUCCCGCGCAAUGCCGCCCCGACUCCGUCUUCAUACAUCGUUUCCUUUUGCGCCAAACUGUCUCCCGACUACGACCAUACCGCCUCAUCUUCGCUGUCGCAAACACGACUCCCCGCACGCCAUCACCACUUCUUUCGCCCCGAAUAUUGCACCAACAACCUCUCGCUCGACUACAUUUGCCCCCGACUUAAGAGAAGACAAUCAUCGUCAACGGGAGACACCGAUAGCUCGCCCGCGUUAUCCUCCGACAUCUAUACACCUCCCCAAGUGCCCUCCCUUCCUGUUCGAAGCCUCCGCGCAUGCACCGCCGACACCAGCGACCCUUCUUCCGGAUGUCACACUCGUCACGUCACACUCAGGCCCCGACUUUGCAGCGCUGCCCAUGCCCCACAUACGCGUAUAUCCAGUGUAUCCGGUGGUGCAGUACCGCUAUGUUGUGCCACUCAAUUCUUUCCGGGCGACGAUGUGCCCGGGAAGGCCCUCGUCGACACCGUUUUCUCCGACGUCGCUUCAAAGACUGUCAAAGUCUUUUUCGCCAGACCUGGGCAAUACGCGGUGGAUAUUGUUGUGCGCGGGCACGCAAUCUUCUGCCUUUCGAUGUCGUGGGGAAGAAUUCUGCCUCCCGCCAUUCCUUGGGCCUUGCGUUGGCCCGGUCAUCGUCACCCGCCUUGCAAAAGUUGCCAGCGGCCAAGGGCGUUCAGCCUGUUUGCCAAUCAAGGAUUGUGGGCGAUAUGACGGUAUGCUUCUCGCGGUUUUGGAGAGUUGCAGCAGAUGUCAUGCUGGCGAUGGCGUUGGAUUGGCUAGCAUGCUAUGGCUGACAUUGGCUGUUGGGCCGGUUUUUGCUACCUUCGAUGCCGUUUGUGCUCUCAAUACUUUCUGUCCUUUACUAUGCGCUUUUGGUGUACCGACUGGCAUGUAUCUGAGCCGUAUUCAGCUGCAUAUGUAU